UACGAGCUUUCGUUGUACUGGUUCGUAUCGUAUCCAUCGUAUCAUGAAAAAUAAAUAAGGUUGAAAUUGUAGUGAUUGAAAACUGCUGAUUUAAAUUUUUCUGGUGCGUAAUGUAAUGUUUUUCAUUACUCGAAAGAAAUUUCAAACCGUAUUAUUCUAUAUACGAUUUGUACUAACUGGCUAGUCCUACCAAGUAUGAAAUGCACAUAAUGUUUUUAAUACGGAGUUGUUAUUUAAGUUUCAUUUUUUACAAUUUGUUAUACUAAACUUACCAUUUACCAGUGAGUUCAGCUAUGACUGAUCAUCCUGAUGAUACCCUCUUGGAUGAUGAUGUGGAAGAACAUGAUUUCAACUUCGACAACGAAAAAGAAGAAGCCUUAUUAGCUGAUAAUGAAUUCGAUAGUUUCAUCGAAGAACAUCCGAAAGAGGAAUCGUUGCACCCAAAUGGGGCUUCUGAAAUAGAACAUCUCGAUCAGGAAGAAGACGUUCUAGAUAUUGGCAUCGCUGAAGAAGACAUUGUGGAAAAUGAAUUAGUUUCUGUGCCGAAUACUCUCGAUGAAUCGGUGUACUUUGACUCGGGAAAUGAGAAUAUUGUCGAUAGUGAUUCCAUUACUGUGGCAGAAACUGGCGAUGAAAAAGUUUCCGAACCGGAGCAAAUUUCAGAUGUUGGUAAUAACGAAAGAGAAGGUGAGAUGGAAAAUGACAUACCUACCGUUCGUUCGUCUGCUGAAGAUUCUUUAUUAGAUGACGAGAAACACAUUUCGUCAGAGAAGAUUGAAGAAAUAUCCUCUAAACCAACCGUGAUAUCGUUAAGAAAACAAGACAAAAAAUCUUACGACGAUUUACCAGAUUUGGCCAAAGUAAUAGAAUUGGUACAGCCUCACGGAACAUCGCGACGUCGAAAACAUGGCAAACCUUUACAACCUUUUGUAAAGAAAAAUCGACCCCCUGAUUUUGCGAAAGUAAAUAAACACGAGGAUCCCAACGAACGUAACGACAGAAGAUCUGAUUAUAGUUAUCAUCGUGGAGGAAAAGAUGAGACUAGAUCGAAUGAUGAAUCAAAACGAGUGUACUCUUUUGAUGGCCAAAGUGAUACAUCGAUGGAAAUAAUCAAUCAAUCGCAACGUGUAACCGAAGUACGCAGCUCGCAUAAUUUUGUCUCUGAAUACAAAAAUUUCUCUACACAAUCCUUAAUUCCUCGAUCAGACAUGCGUGUAGAGCGACCAAUUGUGACAACCGUACAAAUAACUCAGGAACGUUAUCAAAUCGCCGGUGAUUUCCAAAUGAUCCGGCCACCGAUGGAAAAUUCAUGUCAACCGCUUAUGAGACCAUUCGAACAGAAUCGUUUAUUUCAACCCAGAGGAGCGUUACCGCCGUCGACUUCUCAUCAGAUGCCUCAACCCCCUGGCCAGUUCGCUGGAAACCAUUUCCCCGGUGUUAGACCACUAAUGCCGCCUCCGAACACGGAUAAUUACAACCGGCCGAUUCUACUUCCUCCUCGUGCUCCUCACCCGAUGCCUAGACGUCCUUUACUUCCUCCUUCAGGUCCCGGCCUUCUUCCUCAACCGAUAAGGCAACGAUUUCCUCCGCACGGAGGUCCGCCUGGCCAGCAUAAUUUCGUCGCGCCUUUUAUGAGUCCUAAUGGCCCUCCGCCGGCUCCCGCCUAUCAUCAUAAUUAUCAACAAAACCGAUCUCAAUUUGGUUUGAAUUCCACUCCACCAUUUUCUCAAAAUUUUUCACGUCCGCCGCCAUUCUCUCAGCCGCCGCCAUCCCACAAUUCAGCGACGAACGGGCCGUACUAUUCGGGAAAUAUGCCGCACAUGUCUAAUCCGAAUCCUGCGGAUUCCAACUCGAUUUAUCAAAGUAGACCUCCGCCGCCGAUUAAUCCGUCCGGCCAUUUUCCUAGGAUGCCGAACGACGGUAGCCAUUCUGUAAUGUUUCAACAAUCGUCGCAGCGUGUCAUUAGAAUGCCACCGCUUCAUAGCAACGUCAAUGAAAAUCCUCAGUGCGUUAUGAAUAAUAGUGGUGGUAUCGGCCCACCGUCGUCCGCAGAUUAUUAUGUUAAAGAAAGUAUAACUACAACAUCUUCGGCGUAUCUACCGCCUCCAGUCAUCAAUCAACCUCCUCCACCAGGGGUUCCUGCGUGUCAGUCGGCCGCUACCGUUCCAUAUGGCGGCGACGCGAGUCAUUUAGGAAAUAAUCAGGUUGAAUAUAAUCGUCCAUCGAGGGAUCACUACUACGCUGAUCAGUUUCGUGAUAAAUAUUCUCAUCAUCCUAGAGAUGAUUAUCAUUUUCAGAAUGAAAAAGUAUCUCGAGAUCGAGAUCACGAUUCUCAGUACUUGAAGCGUAAUUCGUCGUCUUCGAUAAACGACGAUAGUUCCACUAAGAGAUAUCGUUACAAUUAUUCGAAUGAUAAAUCGAAUGACGAUGACGAAGAAACGGAGUACCGCAAAAAAGUUGAACAUCAGAAAAAAAUGCGUGAAAAAUUCGUCCAAAUGAAAGAAGAACAACGGUUAAAAAAUCAGAUGCAAAAUUUCAUUCAAAACAACAUCAAAGGUGUUCUGCAAAGAAGAGAACAGCUUCUACGCAAAAACGAGACUGAUAGUAAUGCGACAACUCGUUUCGUUAAUGCGAAAACUAAAGAAGAUAAUUAUCGAUCCGAAGAGUUCACUCGUAAUCGUAACUUUUCUUCUGUCGGUAAUACCGGUGAUAAACCUUGCACGAAGAUGUCGCCACCACGAAAACAAUUUGACGUCAAGAAACCGUUGAACAACGCUAGAAACGCUACCUAUUCCGGUGAUGAAACACGCGCGUCUCCGCCGAUGACGCUGCGUCAUCAAAAUAAUGACGCUAUCAAGAUGAAAGAUGUCCCAGAAAGAGUAAAAAUUGACGAUGAAAAAAAUGACGUUAAAAAUAGUACGAAGCAGUUGCAUAAAGUUGUUAAAAUUAAAUAUAAAGAUGGAACUGUAGCUUUAAAAAGUUUUCCUGUGACCGGGCCAACAAAAAGAAAUACAUCGUCGAUUGAUAAGUCGAAUGCAAUCGAUUUUUUGAAUGUGACAGUUCAGGAAGACGAUAAUAAUACGAAUUCUACUCGUAGAAGAAUGGUUAUCUCGAAACAAACAUCUGCUAGUGGCGAAAAUAAUGGAGCUUCUUCGCGCAAUGAAAAUAUAAUCGUAGAAAGUGUUCGUAAGGGUGUUACGCAAAGCAGCGUACCUUUAGCGCAGCGAUUUUCCAAUUUAAAAUCUACUCAAAAAAAUGAAACUGACCAAGAUUCGUCGAUGCCCGUUGCGGUGAAAUCGAAAAAUCGUCUCGUUAUAUCGCACGAGGAAAAAAUGCGAACGGUAUGGAUUAAAAAUAUAAGCCCGAAUACCAAAACAAGCCUAGUACAAAAAAUAGCCGCUACUUGCGGUACCAUCAAGAGAAUGAGUUGGAUACCAGGAAUGGGUCAAUAUAAUGAGGCCAAGAUUACGUUCAGUACGGUCGACGAAGCGAAGAAAUUCAUCCAUAAUUAUCAUAGAAAAACUAUCGAUACGUCGUUAAUAUUGGUUACAUCGAUGCUGUCGGAUAACAAGUAGCGAAGGUUCAUAAUUGAUAUCGGUCAGAAAACGCGAUAAUGCCACGUUUUGGAUGGAAUUAUCUUUCGAACAAGUUAAACUGGUUACGAAAAUCUAUCUUUCGCGACUGGAGAACUGGGGAAAUAGUCAGCGAUCGAUCGCGAUUGGGCACUGAAGCGCUUUGAAGAUUAGUUCAAAGUUGGGAUUGUAAAAUACUGAGAUGGUUCGAUUAUACUUGUAUCAACACUGUGCUGAUUAAUGCUGCAUUAUGACUUACGAAUGAUCGUUGUACAUGAAGUAUUAUAUUAUGAUUAUUUUGUCAACCCUCGAAACCAUUGUUUAUGUUUUAUCACUUACGUUUUGAUAUUUUUAAUUCUUUUUUUUUGCGAAUUUUCCUGUCGUUUGAAAUUGUACGAUUAAUAUAAUAGAUUGCAUUGUUGUUAUGUAAUGAAGUACUUAUACUGUGUUAUGUUACGUGAAUAUUUUUCAAAAGAGAAACCAAAAGUUGAAAAUCGUUGCAAUUGAAAUUAGUUGGUGGUAACUGGUCUGGACUCUGGUAGUAGAGGUACCUUUUUAAAAAAAAAUUCAACUGCUGACGUUUAGAAAUCGAUUUUUGUCGACCAGAAUAAUUUUGUUGUUAGCUUAUGGAGUUAUGGCCUUGGCCGAAUUGGCCUAGGCAGGAAGGAUUGAUCUGAUUCUGAAUUGAAAUAAAUGUAUUGAAACUGAAA